UUUGCAAACCGCAUUGUUCACUGCAAACAGUAUCCAUUACUGAUGGACACCGUCCCAUAUUUGACAUUGUAACAGAGAGAAACCUGAUCAUCUAGUUCACAGAGGGUGGGCGCGUAUAAUAUUUAUGUCACAUCCUGUUUUUUUUCAUGUAGCACAAGGAGGUGGAGAUCUGACACUUUGGUUUGCAUAUCUAAACACCCUUUUCACAAGGCAUGGCUGCAAAGAGUGAUCAGGAGCGAGUUCACACAGAUGAGAUGACACCAAAGCUCUGCUGUAUCUACAGUACUUCUUGUUGACAGGAAAUACUUGGAGUGCACUUCAAAGGUCUCAGCUUUUCCUUUUAGGAACCGAGAGCUCUGUGAUUUAUUGCAGACAUGAGAUGCCGAGGUGAGAUUUCACUUUAUUUCAAAAACAGUUUGGUCGCAUGUCUGCAAACUUUCAUCCAUCUACUCUUUGUGGUUGGCAGCUGGUCUGCACUUUGCUGCUGUAAUUGUUGUCCUCAUGAUAACGUGGGGAAUCGCCAUCAAGUCAUUUGAUGUGCGGGAGACAGCAAGAAGUAUUUUUGGCUGUAAUGACGUCGAUCAAAUCACAACAAAAAUCAAAACAGAUACAAAAACAGCCGAGGCAAAGUGCAGUCUUUCCAGAGCCUGUCCGCCUGACCACUUUGCUUUACACAUCCGGAGCGGAGCAGCUAAUAUUGUCGGGCCAAAGAUCUGUUUUGAUGGUAAAAUAAUUAUGAGUCAUGUGUUGAAUAAUGUGGGACCAGGACUGAACAUUGUGGUGGUAAAUGGUGAAAGUGGAACUGUGGAAAAGUUUGGCUACCUUAAUAUGAAAGAUGAAAACCCAGAAGACAUCAUGGCAUACCUGACGGAGAUAACACCCGGUAUGAUCGUCUUGGUGGCCUCGUUUGACGAUGUGACAAAAAAGAUGACAAAGGAAAUGAGGGAGGUGUUUGCCGGAAUGGGAAGCACUUUGAUCAAGUCUGUGAAACACAGAGAUAGCUGGGUGUUUGCUGGAAGAGCAGGGACAGGAAACAAAAGCCUCUUUGAGAAGCAAGCUGUUAAUGACAAGAAAGCCAACAUUUAUGAAGGAUGGCCGGACGUGGUGGAGGUGGGCGGCUGUUUUCCAAGGACGCCAACUGAUGGACAGAAACCUUGAAGGACUUAGUGAUGAAAGCAGAAUAUGGCUUAUUUAAGACUUCCCUGUAAAUGAUGCCACUCCUGAAAGAUGGAUCUCUCCUCUGUGGCUGCUCCUGGAGUCUCCUUGAGUCAUUCUUCAUCCCAAAUCAAGAGUCUGAGGAUUUUGUACAGAUUGUAAAAGACAUCUGAGGCAAGUUUGUGAUUCUGAGCUGUGGAAAUAAAACUGACUGGACUUGACUAAUGCUGUUAAUAGUCAUAGAAAAUACCAAUGUUCAGUGAAUGGAAAGAACAACAUUGGACACAUUGACAGAGGUGACUGGAUACUGUGCAAGUGUCUGUUACUUCUGUACUACAGAAUAUGGCAACAGUUUUCUCCCUCUGGGAUAUAUGAGCAAUAUUUGUUCUGCUUCCUGGUAGGUGGAGGAUCAUUUAUCAUGUAACUGUGAACAAUGACUGGCUCAAGUUAUUGUGAUCUGCAGUGCCUCGUUUUAUCUCAUAUUUCUCACUGUUUACUUUCCACGGAAGCACAUUUGUUGCCAGUGGUGGAGGAAGUACUCAAAACCUUUACAGAUUUAAAAGUAAAAGUACAGAUACAAAAAAUACUCUGUUACAAGUAUCCUGCAGUCACAAUCCUACUUCAAGUUGUAAUCUCAAAGAUUUUCAUUUCAAUAUAUGUCUGUUAAGUCAUUAUCUAUCACCAAAUGAGAUGACACAAUGGUAACUGAACCCGUGGUCCACUGAUGGAAGCCCCCUUGUUUGCAGUCACUCUAAAAAAUAAUCCACUGGUUCAAUUUAA